ACUAAAUAGUCUCCUUACACUCAGACACAAUAAAGUUAGAAGCCGGGUCGCUUGGAGGCGCAAAAGCAAGUUGCUGCAACUGCUCAUUCACUCGGAUUUAAACGGGAUCUACGAGAAACAAAUGUGGGAUUUGUUUUGCCUCGCAGAGACACGCAGUUUUUAUGUGAACGCACUUUUUAGAUUGUUUUCGCCGCUUCUCUCUGGAUAUAUGCAUUCAUUAAGCACUCCAAAUAAGUUAAGGUGACCACCAGGGACUAAGCCUGGGCACGUUGGACAGCUUGGACUGUUUCCAAGGCAAGAAAGGAAUAAGAUUGCAAAAGACGGCGACUCCCUUUUGGCGUGAGCAUGUGGGGGAUGAUGGUGUCGCUGACUUGGGCAGCCCUGCUCCUCCUAUCCGGACUGCUCGCUCCGCCGUGCGUGGUGCGCGGCUUCGGAGAUGAAGUGGAGGAGAUGACCUGCGACCCCAUCCGGAUCGGCAUGUGCCAGGGCUUGGGAUACAACGUCACCAAGAUGCCCAAUCUGGUGGGCAACGUGCUCCAGUCUGACGCCGAACUGCAGUUGACCACGUUCACGCCCCUCAUACAGUACGGCUGCUCCAGCCAGCUCAAGUUCUUCCUGUGCUCGGUGUAUGUGCCAAUGUGCACGGACAAAGUGCCAAUUCCUAUUGGUCCAUGUGGCAGCAUGUGUUUGUCGGUCAAGAGAAAAUGCCUGCCAGUACUUCAUGAGUUUGGCUUCAUUUGGCCAGAGGUGCUGAACUGCAGCCUUUUCCCACCUCAGAAUGACCACAACCACAUGUGCAUGGAGGGCCCAGGGGACGAGGAGCCGCCCUAUUACCGCCAUCCUCCACACCAGGAAGAGUGCCAGGCCCUCGGAUCUGCACCCGACCAGUACACCUGGCUGAAGCAGACGGAUAGCUGUGUUCUUCAGUGCGGCUACGACAGCGGGCUGUACAGGCGCGGGGCCAAAGUCUUCACAGAUGCUUGGAUGGCAGUGUGGGCUGUCUUGUGCUUCCUCUCGACCACUUUGACAGUCCUAACCUUUCUUUUGGAUUCCCAACGAUUCUCCUACCCAGAGAGGCCCAUCAUCUUCCUGUCCAUGUGCUGCAAUUUGUACAGUGUAGCCUACUUGGCACGGUUGACUUUGGGAAGGGAACGUGUGUCGUGUGACCUGGAUGCCACUGAAGUUCCUAUUCUAGUGCAGGAAGGUCUAAAGAGCACUGGAUGUGCCAUUGUCUUCCUCCUGCUCUACUUCUUUGGCAUGGCCUCCUCUCUCUGGUGGGUGAUUCUGACCCUGACUUGGUUCUUGGCUGCAGGAUUAAAGUGGGGCCACGAGGCAAUUGAAAUGCAUAGUUCCUACUUCCACAUAGCUGCCUGGGCUAUUCCAGCUGUUAAAACCAUUGUCAUUCUUAUAAUGAGAUUGGUGGAUGCAGAUGAUUUGACUGGCCUUUGCUAUGUUGGCAACCUACAGCAGGAGGCACUCACAGGCUUUGUAGUGGCACCGCUAGCUGCCUACCUUCUUAUAGGUACCCUGUUCAUCUGUGCUGGCCUAGUAGCUCUUUUCAAGAUCCGUUCCAAUUUGCAAAAGGAUGGUGCCAAGACAGACAAGCUUGAGCGUUUAAUGGUGAAAAUUGGAGUGUUUUCCGUGCUCUACACAGUUCCAGCAUCCACUGUGAUCGGAUGUUACCUCUACCAACUAUCUCAUUGGGCAGAAUUCAAAGCAACCGCACAAGACUCAUACGUUGCAUCAGAGAUGCUUCGAAUCUUUAUGUCACUACUCGUAGGAAUUACCUCGGGCAUGUGGAUCUGGUCAGCAAAGACCCUUCACACGUGGCAACGCUGCUCCACCCGCUUGCUUAAGGACAGCAGGGUGGGUCGAAGCGGCAAGCGAGGACCAGGCAAGGGCUGGAUUAAACCAGGGACGGGGAAUGAGACCGUAGUGUGAGGUCAAAGAAUGGACAAGACUGGACUUGCUUCUUUAUCUCACAGACAUUCACCCUGACAAAAGAAGGAUGUAAAACAAAACACUGGAUGUGUACUACGCUCGAAAUAUGUGGAAAUCCACAAGGAUGUCUAACGCUGUCUCCUUGACGUUUCCUUUAAGUGUUGGGGUUAAGAGAAAGGGUGGAUUGCUUUAAAAAAAAUAGUAGCAACAGUAGCGUCUUGACCUCUAUUAAGACUUUUUCUAUCAUAGACAGAUGGAGGAAAAGAUGAAAUGUGGAGAAAGAAUGACAGCAGGCUCAUUAAAGAGUUAACAUGAAGAUUUGACAUAAAAUAAGCUGUGUAGUGCCACGUCUACCUCUUCCUCAAAUUUCUGCUCAGCGACUCGGACUGAACUUGCUGGGUGCAAUAACUCCUCAACCUUAAAGGCCUGUGAAGGCCAUUGAUGAGUCCACAUACAGAUGGUUUUCAGAUACCGGGUGAGGUUUCCCAAAGAGCCUUUUGUCUCUCCAUAUACGUAAAAUGACUGGAAAAGACAUAAAAGAUUACAAGCUAGGGACAAAUUUCAAAUUUCCUUCAUUUAAAAAAUGUUUACAUUUACCAACUUUAUUUAACUGACACUUUUAGAAUGUUUUUGAUCGCUACCAGCUUCAAGCUGUCGCAAUGCACUAUACCGUAUUUUCGCGACAGUAGGGCGCACCGUAUUAAAAGGCGCAGGCUCAUUUUCAGGUAAUAUUUUUUAAUUUAACACACACACACAAGAUGCACCGCAUUACUAUUCGCAUGAAAAACAUACGUUAGCAUGCGCGCUAGCAUUUUUUUUUUUUAAAAAGGCAGCAGGAGCAGAAACUGAGUUCAAUUGUACUUUAUUAAAGAAUUUAAGAAAGUACUCCCAUCAAUAUUAAUCAAUCCACAAGUCCAUCAGAGUCCUCAUCUUCUGUUCUUCUGUAUCCGAAUUGAACACGGCAGGUCAACUUUUCUUUAGGCAGCGUCUUCCUCUUAAAAAUUACCAUAGGUGGUAGUUUCCUUCUUGUUUCGCUUAGGUCAGUGGUCCCUUUUUUGCACCAAGGACCCGUGUGAUAUGGGCCUGUUUUUCACGGACCUGCAAUUUGUGGCUGAAAAUUACAUUAAUAAAAAAUAACACAAUGAGGGCUAAAAACAAACAGUAAGUUCUCACCAUCAGCCAAAUCAACGGCAAAUACCCUUGAUUGCAGGCACAAUGAGUUCUUCUCCAAUCGUGAAAGGUUUCUUGGCUUUAGCAAUACGGUUCGUGACGAAGUAUGAUGCUAUCAUUGCAUUCGCUUUUGUUACCUCGUUUGCUAGCUUUUAGCCUCGUAUUAAGCAGAAUGGACUUGGUUGUAGGCUCAUCUUCUGGGUCGGCAGGUGGCCUUUUCUACGUAAAAUAGCUGUCCAAAGACGUCACUGCCUGCAGCACACAGACAUCAGCAGCUAAUGUUACUGUUUACAUUGACUGACGCUGGGCUGCUAUAGGUGUGCAAACACCCCAGUAAUGGCGGCAAACCACUAGAGGGCGACGUACACAAAUCUACUCAGAAUAGGCAAUAGAGUAAAUUGGCAUAUUGAUGUGUCAAGGGGCACAGGCUAGAUUACAGGUCGUUAACAACUAAUUUAUUAUUUCUCUGUGGCCCGGUAGCAAAUGCAACACAGACCGGUACAGGUCCCCAGCGCGCUGGUUGGGGAUCACUGGCGUAGGUGAUAGCCUUGAGUUUGAACUGGGCUUCGUAAACGUGUCUCUUAGUAGUAGAUGCCAUUUAUGAGGGUCCGUCGCCAAACCAAUGUUGUUUAGCCUAACGCAAACACUUGAACGUUACCAUCACACGGAACGUUCUUCCUUUAAGGUUCUCAUGCGGCUCUCACUUACAGUAUGUAUGCCUUAAGGCGCAUCACAUUAUUAGGCGCACCGUCGAUUUUGGAGAAAAUUUUUGACUUUUAAGUGCACCUUAUGGUUGUGAAAAUACGGUAAUUAAAAAUCUAAAGGUGUGCGUCUGCCACAAGUGCAUUCAUUAAAACAGCAGACUGAUUUAAUGAUAACAGAGGCAACAAUGUAAACAUGAUGAUAGGUUGAGUUUAAAUGCUGAGUAUUGCCUUCGUAAUAAAACGCUUCGUCUUGUUUUGUUUUUUUUUUUGUUAGUUUUUUUUUAAUUCUGUAUUGGUAACAGGGAUAGUUAAAUCGCAACCAGACUACUUAGGCCAACAGCAAGAAAUAAUAAUAAUAACUAUAGUAAUAAUAAUAAUUGUAUUUCAACUGAAGUCAACCCUUUCGUCGCCUAACCAUCAAAAAAUUACAUUUCACCAAGAUUUCAGCAUAUAGUUAAUUGUUUGCAUUAUAAAACAAGUCUUAAAGUGGUUUACUGAGCGAUUUGUGUGUGUGGAUGUGAGAAGCUGGGACCCUGCGCGCUGAUGUCAUGUUAUCUUUAUGGAGCCAUCUUGUUUUCAAUUAUGUGUCCAGCCUCCUUGAAAACCAAGGACUAUAUGCUCACAGGUUAAUGGGAAGUCCAGGAAAUUAAAAAGCUGGCUUUUCCAAACAUUAGCCAGAAUGCAAUGUUAUUUGACAAUCACUUGCCAAAAGACACAACAUUCAAUAUUAUGAAGCAGUAGUAAAUGCAUACUCUAAUGUAGCUGUACAUUUCAACAUGUACAGUAGAUGAGGAGCCAAGUCCACCUUCUACAGACCUUACCUUGAGCUAAAUUGUUAAAACACAAAAUCUCCAAUAUUGUUUCUAAUUUGCCUUUUCAGGAUCAUUUGAAUCAUCCAUGUUCCACAUAGUAUGUAGAAAAACAAAACCAUAAUUAUCGCCAUCCCAGACAAUCAAGCCACUCCAAGGGAAAAAUGUUAGUAAAUGCAUUCUAGAACUGAAAAAUUAACAAUUCACAAGUACCUCGCUCAUCAUGUCUUCCUGUAGCAUUCAUCAACGUGGACAGGCUUAUUUUGUUUGAACGACAAUCUUGUAAAGUGCUUGCGUUUCAGUGAGUCUUUGAAUGUAUGUUUGUAAUGUGUGUCACAUUUAGUUCUCGCACAAAUGAGAGUGAAUUGUGGGGAUCUCAAGUACGCAAUGGCCUAUGAUACAAGAAUUCAAUGUGUCAUGUGAAACCAGAUAGUGCCUCACAGUGCUGUCACUUUUUUUUUAAGAUGAACUCACCUAUAGAGGUAGGCAAAGGUAUCUAUUUACAGGCUUGUGUUGUGUCUUUGACUACCUAGGGAAAUAAGACCUUGUAGAUAUUUCUAUAUGUGAGAAGCCCAGAGCUGCCAUCAGUGGUCCUCGAAGCAGCAUACCUUGGCACCCUGAUUAAAUUUCCAAAGUCAAACAAACAUUACAUUGAGCUAAAGUGAAUUAAGCUAAGCUCUGACCACCGUCCGACUGAGCUAAUGCAGUUUCCCUUUUCUCAUAACGUUUGGCGGCCACCACCCAUAUGACCACACUUUGCCUCCCAUGACGGUUUAAACAAUAACAGAAUAGUUAGCGUAAGUUACUUUGACGCAGGCGAUGUUUAAAUUAAAAUGAAAUCACUAGCAACAUGAUAUUUUCAUCAUGUUAGGAUGCUCUGAUUUGAAUCAGUUUUGUUCACCAGUGCUGACCUCAGCCUGUAAGAUCUAAGAAGUCUUGAGAGAUCAUCAGUGUAUUAUAGGAAAAAAAUGUUAAUUUAUCCUCGUUGAAAGUGACAGAAUUUUUAAAACUUGUUUGUUAUUUAAAUUACACUUUUGUAUCAGAAGAUAAAUAAAAAGUUUUGGAUACCAAAAUGUUAUGCUCUGAGUGUUUGUGGAUGCAAUUUGCAGUAAUAUAAAGGUCACAGUCAUGUAUUUUGUACAUAGAGAAUACAGUGAGGUAUACAAGUAUAAGAAAUAUAAUUAAUAAUGAAAAGUGGGAUUUUCAAAAUUUUUCUUCUUAGAAAAUUUGGGAGGUGUCUGAAAUUUCCAUCUUUGGUGCAUUUCUACUGUGAGAGAGAACAAGAAAAGCAUUUGGAAAUUUUAUUGUAUGAUAUUCACGAAAUUUGCUUGUACUUUAUUGCAACUCAUACAGUGAGGAAAAUAAGUAUUUACACACCUUGCGAUUUUGCAAAUUUCCCCGCUUAGAAAUGAUGGGCGGGUUGAAAUUUUCAUUGUAGGUGCUUGUCCACUGUGAGAGACAAUCAAAAAAAAAAAAAAAAAAAAAAAAAUCACAGAGUAUGAUUUUUAUAACAGUUUUUUUGUACAAUACAGCUGCAAAUAAGUAUUUGAACACCUGAGAACAUCCAAUGUUAAUAUUUGGUACAGUAGCCUUUGAUUACAAUUACAAAGGCCAAACGUAUCCUGUAACUUUUCACCAGGUUUCCACAGACUGCAGCAGGGAUUUUGCACCACAUAGAAAUUCUCUAGAUCAAUCAGGGUUUUGGGCUGUCACUGGGAAACACGGAGUUUGAGCUUCCUCCAAAUAUUUUCUAUUGGGUUUAGAUCUGGACACUGGCCAAGCCCGUCCAGAACCUUGAUAAAUUCUUUAAAAAGCCACUCCUUGGUUAUUCUGGCUGUCUGCUUCGGGCCAAAGGGAAGAAUGUUAUUUCCCAAAAUCUCACAAUACGUGGCCCUGGUAAUCCUCUACUUAAUACAGUGCAGUCGUUUAGUCCCAUAUGCAGAAAAAAAACCCAAAGCAUGGUGCUACCACCUCUAUGCUUCAUAGCAAGGAUGGUGUUCUUGGGAUGGUACUCAUCAUUUUAAUUCCCCCAAACACUAUGAGUGGAACUAAGACCAAAAAGUUCUAUUUUGACCUUAUAUGACCACAUGACUUUCUCCCAUGACUCCUCUGGAUCAUCCAAAUUGUCAUUGGCAAACUUAAAAUGGGCCUGGACAUGUGCUGGUUUAAGCAGGGAAACCUUUCGUGCCAUGCAUGAUUUUAAACUACGAAGUCUUAGUGCAUUACCAACAGUUACCUUGGAAAUGGUGGUUCCCGUUCCUUUCGGGUCAUUCACCAUUCUUAGGAUCAUUGAGACCCUAUGAGGUAUAUCUUGCAUGGAGUCUCAAUCCAAGGGAGAUUGACAGUCAUGUUUAGCUUCUUCCAUUUUCUAAUUCCGGUAAUUGCUCCAACGGUGGAUCUUAUAUCACCAAACUGCUUGGCAAUUGCCCUGUAACCCUGUCCAGCCUUGUAGAAGUUUACAAUUCUGUCUCUGGUGUCUUUGGACAGCUCUUUGGUCUUGACCAUGUUAGGAAUUGGAGUCUUCCUGAUUGUAUGGGGUGGACAGGUGUUUAUAUGCAGCUAACUGCCUCAAACAGGUCAAAAAGUCCACCUCCACUCCACUUUUUUGUUGGACUUUUUAAAGGCGACUAGCAGGUCUUUUAGCCUCACAAUUCUAGAUAAUCGGUGUUCAAAUACUGAUUUGCAGCAAUAUAAUACAUAUAAAUUGACAUAAAAAUAAUACACUGUGAUUUCUGGAUUUUUUUUAGUUUGUCUCUCACAGUGGACAAGCACCUACCAUGAAAAUUUCAAACCCACCCAUAAUUUUUAAGUGGGAGAAUUUGCAAAAUCUCAGGGUGUUCAUCACUGUAUAUAGGUGAACACCUGCCCAGUUUUGUCACUAAUGCGUUCCAAAGUAACUCUUUAUUGUAAUUUGAUUACUUUUUUUUCCCAGUAACGGUGUACCGCAAGCAACACGUCACUUCCGCUCAUUAAUAUUCAUGACAUUGGCUACUGUUGUUAAGUAGGGACAAGCCACCGGUUGUCCCUAAUAGGAAAUGAAUGGAAAUUGUGUACAAAGGAGAUGUUUACAGAGCUAAACCUACCAAUUCUCUCCGAAAAUGAUGUGCCUGGUGCCAAAUUCACUGGUAAAGAUGUGGAUGAACAUCUGUUCAGUUAAAGAGAUGGCUUGGGUGUCGAAGGUUGAAAAAGACGAAAAAAAAAACGAGCCGACCUAAACAUAGCCUUAGCUUUUUUAUCGAGGCGACUGACAAUGACAUUCUCCUGUUUCAACAAGCUAUCCUUUACCAUCAGCCCUGUCUUUCUUAUAUAUCCUCUGGUUGUCCUACAUCUCUUACCGUUCUUGGGGGUAAUUUAGUUAGCUUUGUGUAGCGAUCGCAAAUGCUACUCAGUGACAGCCAACGAAC